GGUCUAUGGGUACAAAACAGUGUUAUUGGUUUUAGGUCAAAUAACUUUUGUUUGCAUACUAAUUUCUAUCGUGGGAUAAAUUUAAUAGCCCCACUUUAAAAAAAAUAACUGUAUAUUACAUGAGUUUCUUGUCCCACCUCCUUCAAUAAGUGAAUGUGUUGCGGGACCGGCUAAGUUUUUAAGGUUAUAAUUUCAAUUUCAUGAUAUUAUUUUAGUAUUUUCUGAUAUUUUUAAAUGAUGAAAGACGUUAUUGAUGUAAUGGAACUCCAGAGGGAGAAGACCCGUAAAAAUGUGGCAGUUGAUUACAAAUCUAUGGAAUUUAACAGAGGUUACACCCCUGCUAGAUUUAUCUUUGAAUGUGGUAUUAAAUUAAAUGCACAACCCCUCACUAUUGCCACUGCUGCUGUAAUUAUGCACAGAUUUUUCAGAGAAGUGGAGGCUGCUAACUAUGAUUACUUUUUGAUAGCUUCUUCUUCUUUAUACUUGGCCGGUAAAGUUAAAGAUGAUCCUUUGAAAAUUAGAGACAUAAUAAAUGUAGCACACAAUACUCUUCAUAGAGGUAGCAGCCCCCUUGAAAUCGGAGAUGAAUACUGGAAUAUGAGGGAUGCAAUCAUUCAAGCAGAAUUGUUAAUUAUGAGGAUAUUAAAAUUUGAAGUUAACACUACGCAUCCCCAUAAAUUCAUGUUGCACUAUCUCAGAUCUAUGGAAGGAUGGUUGGGAAAGGACCAAUGGGAAACUAUUCCGGUAGCUAGAGCAUCUGCGGCUUUCCUACAAGAUUACCAUCACGAUCCAAGUAUUCUUGAUUACAACCCUCGCCACGUAGCCAUCGCGUGUAUAUCACUCGCUCUCCAAUGUUAUGGAGUUCAACUUCCUCUUAUAGAAGACUCCGACGAUGAAGCUUGGUACAAUGUUUUUAUUAAGGACCUUCCCAAGGAGAAACAUUGGGAAAUAAUGGAAAAAAUUAUGGAUGUUUAUAAUCAGGAAACUGAUUGAAUGUAUUGAAUGUUUGUUUGGUAUUAACUUGGGUUCAAUAUUCAUGACCUACACCUUUUAUAUCAAAAAUUAUUUGGUUAGCGACAUUUUUGCAGAAAAAGUUUUUUUACUGUACGGUUUGACUUUUUUUCAUUUGCAUUUACUACCAAUUAAUUUAAUUGUCAAUUAAUAUCACAGUAACUAAUAUAUAAUUUAAUUAGUUGAAA